AUGGAUGUUGUAUACAUCGAUAUGGAUGUGCACUUCCAAGGAAUCUUCAUGAAAUAUCCCGUACACUACACUGAUUGGAUUACUCAGAGGUUGGUCGACAUAGACUUUGCAGGGAUGGAGAAGGAUGAGUGCUAUGCGUUUAUGGAAAGGGUAAGUGGAGAAAAGUGUGAGAAGCUCUACUACUGCCAACCUAAUAUAGAUUUUCCAAAAGGAAUGAUAGAUAAAGAGAAUGAGGAAGUUGUUAAUAACAUGGAGGAAGAAGUAAGGGGCCCCUAA